CUUUAUACUUAGGUUCUUUAGUGUAUCUGUUCUUUACAUUAUUUAUUUCAUCCUUACAUUUACUUCCAACUUAUGGUAUUUAAUGAGGGUAGAUCGAAAAAACGCCUAUAUCAAACGAAAUAAGAUCGUAAUUGUCAAUAGCGUGGACAGCAUGGCGGGCUAUAUUACUGUGAAAGUGAGACAUAGCUCAUAAAAUUGUGUGCAUCUAUUGUUUUAUAUUAAUUUGUGUGCAAAAUGGAUUGGAAAAGUACAAAAAUGCUUUUGGCAUCAGCUGCUGCUGUAGUAGUCGUAUCUCAAGUGGCGAAGAAAAUAUGCAAAUAUAUUUUUAAUUCAAGCAAACACACAGAAAAUGAGGUGGCAAAUGACGAUACGUGUAGUGAAGUUAUACAGAUAAAGAACCGUGAAAUUAAUGAUGUGAUUUUAUUUUCCGAUGACAUUGUUCGGCACACUAUUAGAAUUCCACCUAACAAAGAAAUAACAAUUUGUGAAAGUAGAGAACUUAAUUGUUUUAAGUUAAUCAAGUAUAUUAAAUCAGCGCGAGAAACUCUUGAUGUGUGUAUGUAUCUAAUAACAAGCACCGAAAUAACUGAACAAAUAAUAAGAUUAGGUCAAAAACAUGUUUUAGUGCGCAUUGUUGUAGAUAGUGAUAUGGCAUAUGCUCCUCCGUCACAAAUCAAAAGACUAGAAGAAUACAGUUUCAUUCAAGUCCAGACCAAUAAAAGAUCAAUAUUAAUGCACCAUAAGUUUUGCAUUGUUGAUGGUCCAAAAGCAAUUAAGCGGAAACUUUUAUUAAGAGCACACGCCGAAAAAUUGAACGUGCAUGGACAUUUAACUAGGAAAAUUACAAACCAAUUUCCGAAAAUUAAAAAUACAAAAGGUUUCGUAAUGUCUGGUUCACUGAAUUGGUCUACCCAGGCUAUGGUAUCAAAUCAUGAAAGUGUGAUCGUAACAUCUCAUCCGAACAUUGUGUCUAAAUUUGAAAAAGAAUUUGAAAGUUUAUGGGUAGAAAAUGAACCUGCUUUAAAAUCAACUUGA